UCCUUCUCUGUCUUCUCUCUCUCUAUUUGUGUGGAAGCAGAGCAGAAACCACAUCAGCAAUCCAAUCUUCUCAACUCUCAAAUCAAACUCAGCGUUCGUCUCAUUCCCUUCUACCUAUCCCGACCAAGACCCAGCCCAGAAAGUCGCUGUGCAAGGCGAAUACUUGAUCGAAAGUCAAUACUUUGCCACAGUUCCCGUUACUGUUUGAGCAGCUUUCCGGCCGUUUACGGCCACCGUUUGUUGGGUUUUUUUCCUCUCCUUGCAAGGAACAUUUUUCGUGCUGACGCCGUCUCCAUUGUACCACCGUGGAAACCGGAUCGACACCGUGAAGAUCGGCCCUCGAGCCGCGACUGUCCGACGGCUUUUCCGGUCGCUUCCGGAAAUUUUUUAGAUAUGGAACCUGAACCUAUUGUUCCAACUAUUACGGGACAUGCCGACUCAUCCAGACUUGUUGAGUUGGUUAGGGAACUGAGAGAACUGGGUGCAAAACCUUUUUAUGGAACUAGGGGCUGCAUGAAAGCUGAUGAGUGGUUUGGUAAUAUAGAGAACUUGUUCGAAAUGAUGGAGUGCUCUGAGGUUGAAAAGAAAGAGUUGGCUGUUUUUCUCUUGCAAUGUAAAGCUCGAUAUUGGUGGGCUGAAGUUAAGAGAGCUCAAGACGUAUCAGUGAUGGACUGGGAAGGGUUCAAGACGGUUUUCUAUGCCAAGUAUUUUCCUCUGAAAGAUAGGCUGGAGGCUUCUUUCUUGAGUCUUGAGCAGGGCUCUAUGUCUGUGGGUGACUAUGAGGCUAAAUUUUCGAAUUUGCUUCGUUUCGCACAACCAAUGACUGAGGUGCAGAAAGCACGAAAGUUUGAGUUGGGAUUGGUUGAUGACAUUAGAGAAUCAGUGGUUAACUUGAGACUCCAAACCUUAACUGAAGUGGUAGACUGUGCCAUCGCAGUUGAGAAGACUAUUGAGCUGUACAUACAACACCAAAACAGACAAAGAGAUUACAGAGGAAAAGGGAAGGCGUCAGCUCAAUGUAUGUGUGCCUCAGGUGAACAUGGUGGAACUGGAAAGAGGCAGAGAACGGGGAAUCAAAAAGAAGGCCGAGCAGCUGUACAUGCUCAACAGAGAAGAACAAGUGAGUGUUACAACUGUAGUGAGGUCGGACAUUUGUAUAGGGCUUGUCCAAAACCGAAGGCCCAGUGUUGUUUCAAAUGCAAGCAGCCGGGGCAUUUGGCUAAAGAUUGCACUCAGGGGUAGACUUGAGUGUUCGGUGGAUGGCAGAGGACAGACUGAAGUGGAAGUUAUGUAAAUCUUUUUGCUACCGUUAUAUAAGUGCUGUUUGAUACAUGAGGAUCAUGUUCAUUCAUUUCUCAGUUUUAUGUGCGAGUGUUUGAAUCAACAAUGGUGUUUUUGUGCUUGCAAAAGUGUACUUGUAAAUCUUUUAGUAAAUUCACUCUUGGAAAGAGUUUCAUGGCUCAUGGGAAACCAAGAGACACCUCCUUCCGCAUUGGGUUUCAA